AUGUGUAUCCCCACGCGCAGGCCGAAACUAGGAGCUGACGCCCUAGAGCGGAUCAAGGAUCUGAAGGCAUUGGAUUCGGAGGAGCGAUCUUGGAAGACACUUCUCCAACCGGAGCGUCUUCUUCUCUCAGGUUUAGACUCGGCCAUAACAGAGAUGGCUGAGGCAAGGCCCAUUCUUCGUCCUCCUUCCAAGAUGAAAGCUCUUCCUCGAUCCGAGACUCGUCCUCCCAAUAGACCAAAGACGGUUUCAAAGGCUAAAGAGCAAGCCACACCGGCCGUCCCGACCGAGGUUCCGACUAUAGACUUGGAGGAAGGGGCAGAAGCGGCAGACGUGGUGGCGGAAGUGGCAGCUCCCGACUCUCAGGCUCAGGCAGCUCCUGAGCCUCAAGUGGCCUCUGAGCCAAGACCCGUUGCAAAGCAGGUCCCGGGACAGAAGGAGGAGCAGAGAGGGGAGCCCUCAGGAGGGGAGAUGACUCAACAGGAGGCGUUCUUCCAACAGGCUAUGUCGGAUAUGUUCGCUCCUUGUUUGCUCAGGGCUAGCUUAGAUCUGGCCGAGGCUCAGAAUCGAGCGGCGGAUGCUGAAGCAACUUGGAAACGGACAGCGGAGGCGGAAGCACAACUUGAAGCUGCCAUGGCUCGAGUUGGCCGACUGUCUGGCGAAUUAGGGCUUGCCCGAAAGGUCACCGAGGAUGUUAAGGCCGAGUGUACUCAUGUGGCCUCGCUAUUGAAAGAGGCCCAAGAGGAGAGUCGGCAAAUUCGUCAGGCUCAUGCCUCUUCAGAGGACAAGUUGGCUCGACUCAAGGCUGAGACAAGGGCUACCAUCGAGCAGGCCAAAGAAGAGGCCAGGGACCAGGCCGUAAAGGCCUUUCUUGAAUCCCAAGAGUAUCUAGAGGAACGGGAUCGCUUGUAUCAGGACGGAUACACCAAGUGUGUCGAAGUGAUGAAGGAAGCUUUCCUCGACCUUGAUCUCUCAAGAUUUGAAGAAGGUGCCUCUGGGUUUGAAGGUCUGGAGGCCGAGGCAGUCGGGUUUGCUGAUGUUGCAGCUGGUAUCGAGGUUGAGUCUGAAGCUUCUCCUGAGGUGGCAUCAGAGGUCGCUCCGAGUGGCGGUAGCAGCUGA